GCUCCGACCAUCCUCCUUCGCAGGCUCCCGCGCAGCACCACCAUCGAAACCCUGCGGAGCAUGCUCCUUUUCGCCAAGGAUCUGAUCAAUGUCGACUUCAUCGGCGCGGACAUUCCGGAGGACCACGGCUUUGUGUCAGCGGUCGCACGAUUCCGCACGCUCAAUGGCGCCAACGAAGCCACCGAUCGGUUGCAUGGCAAAGCCAACACCUCGAACGAUGCCAACAUGGUGGUCGAAGUGCUCCAGCAGGAAUUCACCGGCUACUUUAAUGGCCGACGAAACACGGUGGAUCACUCGCUCGCCCGUCACGGAUCCAUCUCUGGCCAGAUGUCCCCACCGAACGGGCAUGCCAAUCGGCAACCGUCCCGAUACAAUGAUACGUUCCAGUCCAUGGAGAAGAUGUCCCCUCCGAACGGAGUUCAAGGGUUGACAUCCGAUUCGUUUGCCAUGCCGGAGCCGAACCCGCAUUUGUCGAGCCUGUUUUCUCCUCAAUCGCCCAUCGGGAACACCUUUGUGUCGAGCAAGUCCAUGAUCAACGUCGAAGAUGAAGAGACGGGGAAGCUUCUCAAAGAUCCCGUCGCAUAUGCGAAGAGCGGAGAGAACCAUGCGGUUUCCUCCCGCCGUCCAACGAAUCCGCAACUUCCCAUCUCCCGAUUCAACGGCUUGUCCCUGAACACCGUGGAGCAUGUCAACCGAGGAAGCCGGGAGCCAUCGCCGCCGAUGUCGAGCUUUGCAUCGCCACGAAUGCCGAUGCAAUCCCCCAACGGUGCCCUCUCACCAACGUCGCUGCAAUCUCCCAUGAGCGGGAUCGGAGCUACUGGGCCAUUUCACAUCAACCCGAAACCCUACCAACGUCACAACUACCCACCGGUGAAUCCGGCCGACCAGAAUCCCCCGUGCAACACGUUGUACGUUGGUAACCUCCCGAUCGACACCUCCGAAGACGAGUUGAAAGCCAUGUUCUCCAAACAGCGAGGCUACAAGCGUCUCUGCUUCCGUACCAAGCAAAACGGACCGAUGUGCUUCGUCGAGUUCGAGGAUGUCUCGUUUGCGACCAAGGCUCUCAAUGAACUAUACGGUCAUCCUCUUCACAACAGUGUCAAAGGUGGCAUUCGCCUUUCCUUUUCCAAGAACCCUCUCGGUGUUCGUUCCAUCCAGAACAACAACACCAACGUCGCCCCGACCACCCCACUCACUCCUCAAGGCGGCCACGUUGGCAAUAUGGGAGCCCCUCCAGGUUUUCCUUCCGCCAGUGGUCCUCCCCCUGGACUC